GGCCCAACUCUUGGAGAUAGUCUUAUGGUUGAAUGCCGGCGUAAGUCGGUUAUAGGAUGCGCUACGUGGCUGACUGCAUUAUCACUGGAAUGACGGUGGUGGUUUGGAUCCUUCAGAAUUCAGCAAAUCUCUAGAAUCGUCUCUCAUUUGCUGGAUUUUAUACAACACAGGGUUCUAUGCACAGAUCCUGGAGAGAGCUAUGUACCUGCCAGGAAUCGCCUAAUGCGCUGGUCUGGCAACCGGAAACUGCCCGGGGUUCCCGGGUUCCCUGGUAUGUAUUAGAGACAUAAAAUCAGCUCACGCUGUAGAUUAACGACGGGUUUUUGUAUCACAGCCGAAGUAAUUUAGGAGCGACGGCAGUGCUUCAACACCCGCAAAAUGGCCAACAUGAAGCUUACAAUAUUGUCCCUUCUCGCGCUGGCGACCAACACCAUCGUUGGCCAAGAGGCCAAGCACCCGGGCUCCGACCAACUCACGGUCCGAACCUCCACGGGCACAUUUACAGGCCUCAUCGAUCCUGAGUUUCCGAACACCCGCCAAUUUCGCGCCAUUCCAUUUGCGAAGCCGCCCGUGUUGUCGCGUCGCUGGCUACCUCCGGAGAAGCUGUCGCCAUCGAACGAGCAUAGGAAUGCGACGCGGUUCCCGCCCUCGUGUCCCCAGUUCGUGUCGGCGGUACCUUCGUUUUGGAAUUCGGACCUGACCAGGGGUAACCUAAUCUACAACGGCAACCAGAACGACUCGUCGGGGCUAGUGGGGGCGGCCACUUCUGAGGACUGCCUAUAUUUGGCGGUGUGGACGCCGAAGGUUGCGGCCCCUAAGGCCGGGCUCCCCGUUCUCUUCUUCAUGACUGGAGGCGGAUUUAUAAUCGGUGGCGUUGACAUCCCGUGGCAGAUGCCAACGUCAUGGGUCGAGCGGUCGCAGUCGCAUAUCGUUGUUACUAUUAACUAUCGGCUUAACAUCUUCGGCUUCCCCUACGCGCGCGGGUUGGUGAAUGACCACCAGAACCUCGGUAUCAUUGACCAGCGCGUUGCACUCGAAUGGGUCCGCGAUAAUAUUGCGGCCUUCGGCGGCGACCCAAGCCGUAUCACGCAGAUGGGACGGUCGGCGGGGGCCGUCAGCGUUGAUGUCCAUGCUUACGCUUUCUCCGAAGACCCAAUCGCGCAAGCCUAUUACAUGCAAUCGGGAACAAUAUUCGGUGCUAAUAUUCAGGACAAAGAUCCGGCAUAUUCUAACUUCACAUUCGUAGCACGUCACUUUGGGUGUGAUAACUCUAAUAGCGACGUUGAGAAUAAGGACGGCGCGGCGGAGCUCGACUGUAUGCGUCAAGUGUCAUUUAAGGAAAUAACAAAUUUCGUCGGACAAUACGGCGAUCGGGGCGAGACGCCCGCGCUAAGAUUCUCCUUGGUUCCCGAUGAUCGCAUCGUCUUUACUAACUAUAAUGAGCGAGCAGAGGCAGGCAGUAUCGCACGUAUACCAGUCAUUAUCUCGAAUACAGCCAAUGAGGCAUCAUCAGGGGUUCCGUGGCCGGCAAACCUAACCACUGGCCCAGACCAGUCAAUGGUCACUGCCUUGGACAUUGAAAUAAUGGUGUGUCCGACGUUCAACUCAACCGUGUAUCGGAACCGGAUGGGUGAAGACGUGCCCGUCUUCCGUUUUCAGCAUGCUGGCACGUUUCCCAAUUUGAACUAUUAUCCAUGGCUUGGCGCCUACCAUGCUAGCGAUAUACCGAUAACCUUCGGGACAUAUCGACUCCUGGACCACGUAGCAAACACCACCCAAUUCGAGAUUGAUGUCAGCUUGUCGAUGCAGGACCAUAUUCUUGCCUUCGUCAAGGACCCGUAUAAUGGUCCGCAAGAGACGAUGGGCUGGAAGCCAAUAGUUACCAGUGAUCAGAAUAACGGAGAUCUCAUCCGCUUCGGCGCCGACGGCGUGGUAUCUCAGCAUAUCGAUAGUGUUGAGGUGGAUGGGGUGUGUUUGGGAUUACGCGAAUAUGACCCAUUCCCGUGAGGAGCAUUUGAUUCAUAAGAUCGACGUACACCUCGGCACUAUCAAGGUGUUAUGAACCUCAUUUCUUAUGGUCGCAGGACGGAGCUUAGACUGCUAUA